AUGAGUUAAUAUUCUGAUAUUAAUAACUAACAAUAAGAAUAAGGAAUAGAAUCAUAAGAACCUUAUUAACCAAACACCCAACAAUAAUCAAAUGAAAUAUCAAAUAUUCAGAAUGAAAAGGAAAAAUAUUGUGGAGGUUUACUCUACAGAAAUGAUCACAUCUUAAUCAAAGCUUUAAAAAUAAUUCUAGUAUUUCCUCUCUUACCUAUUGUCCUCUUAUGGAGACUACUUUAUUGCAUAACUAAUUUAUUAAUAGAUUGUUGCACUAAUCAAGUUUAUAAUUGUCUUCUCAUUUGUUAUGAGAAAAUGGUUUAAUGUUUAUAAUGGCUAUGUCAUAUUAUCUCAAUUAUCUUAAAUAAAAUUUACUCUUGCUUAGCUUUUAUAUGCAAUAAAUUACUUGAUGCUAUCUAUUGUUUAGGAAGAUGUUCUAAAUAAAUACUAGAUUGGUAUGCAAUAUUUAUCAUUAAUACGAUCUACAAAUUUGCUCAUUUGAGAUCAAUAAUGUAAGAAUUUACUUCAAUCAUUACAAUACCCAUAUCCUUGAAAAUUAUUGUACCUUUGGCUUUGUAUUUUAAUUAUAAGAUCUUUAUUCCUUUAAAAAAUGCUAUUAUUUUCAUUGUUAAUAUGCUAUUACACAUCUUAGAACUUUUUAUCAUAUGUCUUUAUAACUCCACAAUAGAUUAUAUACUUAAACCUUUCUUUAAAUAUAUCAUAUGGAAUUUUUUACUUUUUUUAAAAUUUUUGUUUUUUACUAUCCUUUACAAAUUUAUUAUAAUAAAUUUCUACAAAGGAUUGAGAUGGACAAUAGUAAACUUUUAUAAUUACAUUUUACUCAAUAUAUAUGAGUAUGUAUUAGUUAAAUUUUUGUAUAGAAUUGUAUUAACUUAUUCAUACAAAGCUGCAAAAUUAUUCUUUUAUAACUUUUUAUACAAAUUAAUUUUUAUCCCAUUCAGUAAAAUUAUUUAAUGGUUAGUAAUCGAUUUUCUUUAUGAAAUUGUCUUAACAAGAUUAGGGCAAUUAUUAAAAUUCAUUGUUGUUGAUGUGAUAUACAAAGUGCUUUCUAUAAUUACUGAAUUCAUUUGUGAUUAAAUCUGUUUAAAUAUAUAUAGAUGUUUGACUUGGUUCAUUAUAAAAAUAAUUUAUCAGAUAAUUCUUAAGAAUAUAUACAUUUAUAUACUAAAACCAUUUUAUAAUAUAAUUGUAUCAAUUAUAAGAAUCAUCUCUAAGAUUAUUUAUAGAUUUUUAUUAUUGCCCUUAUGGAUUUUAGCUAAAUGUCUUUUUAAUGUAAUCAUUUUAUUAUAAUUAGGGUCUAAUAAAAAUAAUUAGUAUAACUUCAACUUUUAUUUAUGAAUAUAUUUUGACUCCAAUAUGGAAUUUAAUUGUCAGUAUAACAACAUGGUCAUACAAUUUUAUAAAAAAUAUAUUGAGAGCUACAAAACAAUUGUCAAUAGAUUUGUGGAUAGCAAUAAGAAAUUUAUUUAGAAGAAUUAGAAAUAAUAAUUGA